GAGAUGCUGAAGAGCUCCCAGAGGACAGUGAAAGAGAAGGAUGAAGAGUCUAAGAAGAAGGUGGAGGAGAUCGAGAACCUCAACUACGCCAUCAGAGACUUAGAGAAUCAGAUUUCCCUUCUUCAAAGUGACAAAGAGAAGCUUAUUGAAGACAUAAGAGAAGAGGUGCGUUUAAGCGAGGAAAAAGAAGUGCUUCUAGAAGCUAUUCCUGAGUAUGAAAAGAAGGCGCGAGCUGCCGAGAACCGAACCCUGGCCGCCGUCGCCGACUCAGAGUCCAAAGAUCGCAUCAUUGCUCAACUCGAACAAAAAAUUAAUGACCAAAGAAAAGAAAUCGAAGAUUGUCAAAAUGAACUUAGAAUUUUACCGGAAAUUACCCAAGACACUAAGUACCUUUCAUGCCAGGUUUGGACGUUGCGUAAACUCCUCAGCGGAAAAGAUGAAAUAAUCCGAAAACAGCUGAAUCAAGUCGCGGCGAUAACCGGAAAUGUCGAAGACGUCUACGGGACGCAAAAUGACCAGAUAGGAAAGCCUCACAAAUCCGCCAAUGAGCGACAUAAAUUGAACUUAAACAUGACGCCUGUCAUGCAACGAGGAGGAGUUGGUAACCUCGUGUACCAGAGGCCUCGGACCGCUGUAGGAGUAUCUCCCGGAUCUCGGCCGACGUCGCGUAGAGCACAAAAGCAAAGUCUAGCUCUCAAGAGUCCGGCAGUGGAAUGGAAAGAAAUGACGGGUAAUGAGGUAAUUGAGCCAGUGGAUGGAGGGAAAAUGACUAGAAAGGGGGGCAAGUACAAUUUGGGACUAGACCUGGACGCGGAGCCGACUCCAGACUAUCAUGACACAGACUUGCAUUUGUCCAAAUACAUCACGAAAGGUUUCCGAGUGUCUCUGCGGGAGAUGAAGAGGGAGAAAUUUGGGAAGGUGCCUUUGGUGGGGACAGUCAAGUGGAUGGGGACCCUGGACAGGAGACAGACCCACCACAGACUCUAUUUGGGACUCAAACUGGAUUCAAAAGUGGGCAACACUGACGGACUCCUACAUGGCAAACGACUGUUCACGUGCCCGCCAGGCUUCGGAAAGGUGGUUCUCUGUGAGGAAAUUGAGAGUGUGUUUGACAAACGAGAAGGGAGAUUCAUCCCAGUCGUCAUGUUUAUACGACUCAAAGAGGUAGCUCAGUCGAACCACUUCACAAACAACAACAACUACAAUACUAACAACAACAAUCUUGAGAAUGAAACUCGAGAUCAAGGUCGUCCAGUUGGCAGUAGCGGAGAUGAAGGGCACUGACCCUAAAUUAAAACUGCAAAGACAUUAAAAACUGAAAAAAAUUCAGUUGUUUCAUUUUCAAGUUUUUGUAUUACAUGAAUUUGUAGUUUUAAAAACCAGAAUGUUGGAGGAAACUAUUGUGGCAACUUUCAUCUACUUGCCCGACAAUGUUGAUCUCGCUUGAAUUAUGAACGAGUCAAUUGAUUCAAAAACAGAUUUAAGCUCAAUUUAAGAUUAAACGUUUUGUUGUUUGCUUUUUCGUGAUGUUGUGUCCGUCAAUAAUCAGCGUUCGUUUGCUUCGUUG